AUGAAAAGUUCAAUGCUUUACACAGCCUUUUUUCUCAUUUCUAGCUUCUCUCUACAAGUGGACAUUGUUCCAAGCCAGGGGGAGAUCAGCGUUGGAGAAUCUAAGUUCUUCUUAUGUCAAGUGGCAGGGGAGGCCAAAUACAAAGACAUUUCCUGGUUUUCCCCUAAUGGUGAGAAGCUGACGCCGAACCAACAGCGCAUCUCAGUGGUGCGAAAUGAUGACUUCUCCUCCACCCUCACCAUCUACAACGCCAACAUUGAUGAUGCUGGCAUCUAUAAAUGUGUUGUCAGUAGCGUGGAGGAGGGAGACUCUGAGGCCACCGUCAAUGUGAAAAUUUUCCAAAAGCUGAUGUUCAAGAAUGCUCCCACUCCUCAGGAAUUCAAGGAAGGGGAUGAUGCUGUGAUUGUGUGUGAUGUGGUCAGCUCACUGCCUCCUACCAUCAUCUGGAAGCACAAAGGCAGGGAUGUUAUCCUAAAAAAAGAUGUUCGAUUUAUAGUCCUGUCCAACAACUACCUGCAGAUCCGGGGAAUCAAGAAAACAGAUGAAGGGACAUACCGCUGUGAGGGCCGGAUCUUGGCUCGUGGGGAGAUCAACUUCAAAGAUAUUCAGGUCAUCGUAAAUGUACCUCCUUCUGUGCGUGCCAGGCAGAGCACUAUGAAUGCCACUGCCAACCUCAGCCAGUCUGUCACCUUAGCGUGUGAUGCUGAUGGCUUUCCUGAGCCAACCAUGACGUGGACAAAGGAUGGAGAGCCAAUAGAACAGGCCGAUGACGAAAAGAAAUACAGUUUUAACUAUGAUGGGUCCGAGCUCAUCAUCAAGAAGGUGGAUAAGAGUGACGAGGCAGAAUACAUUUGCAUCGCUGAGAACAAGGCUGGCGAGCAGGAUGCCACCAUUCAUCUCAAAGUCUUUGCAAAACCCAAAAUCACCUAUGUGGAGAAUAAAACAGCCAUGGAGCUGGAGGAUCAGAUUACACUGACCUGUGAGGCAUCUGGGGACCCAAUUCCUUCCAUCACUUGGAGAACUUCCACCCGGAACAUCAGCAAUGAAGAGAAGGCUUCGUGGACCCGGCCCGAGAAACAAGAGACCCUGGAUGGGCGCAUCAUAGUACGUAGCCAUGCCCGGGUGUCAUCCCUGACUCUCAAAGAAAUUCAGUACACAGAUGCUGGAGAAUAUGUAUGCACAGCCAGCAACGCCAUCGGGCAGGACUCCCAAGCCAUGUACCUUGAAGUGCAGUAUGCCCCCAAGCUUCAGGGCCCUGUGGCUGUCUAUACCUGGGAAGGGAAUCAAGUGAACAUUACCUGUGAGGUAUUUGCUUACCCCAGUGCUGUCAUCUCCUGGUUCCGGGAUGGACAGCUGCUUCCCAGCUCAAACUACAGCAACAUCAAGAUCUACAACACUCUAUCGGCAAGCUACCUGGAGGUGACACCAGACUCUGAAAAUGACUUUGGGAACUAUAACUGCACUGCUGUGAACCGCAUUGGCCAGGAGUCCUCAGAGUUCAUUCUUGUGCAGGCAGAUACUCCGUCCUCUCCUUCCAUUGACAGAGUGGAGCCCUAUUCCAGUACUGCCCAGGUGGAGUUUGAUGAGCCUGAAGCUACCGGCGGGGUGCCCAUCCUCAAGUACAAAGCAGAGUGGAGGGCACUGGGCGAGGGAGAAUGGCAUUCGAUGUUGUAUGAUGCAAAAGAAGCAAAUGUGGAGGGCAUGAUCACUAUCACUGGCCUGAAACCUGAAACAACCUACUCUGUGAGACUGUCUGCGGUCAAUGGCAAGGGUGUGGGUGAGAUUAGCCUGCCAUCCGACUUCAAGACACAACCAGUUCGCAUCCCUCACUCACCAAGUACUGCUGCACCCACCUCCCGUUUAACAGAGACAACUCAGCCUCUUGCUGAAUCUGAAAGCUCAGAGCCACCAAAAGGGGAACCCAGCGCACCCAAACUGGAAGGUCAGAUGGGAGAAGAUGGAAACUCCAUUAAAGUGAAUGUUAUCAAGCAGGAUGAUGGUGGCUCCCCAAUUAGACAUUAUCUGAUCAAAUACAAAGCUAAGGAUUCCUCAGAAUGGAAACCAGAGAUCAGACUUCCGUCUGGCAGUGACCACGUCAUGCUCAAGUCCCUGGACUGGAAUGCAGAGUAUGAGGUUUAUGUGAUAGCUGAAAACCAGCAAGGGAAGUCCAAACCAGCUCGCUAUGCUUUCCGAACUUCUGCUCAGCCUACUGUGAUCCCAGCUAGCACUAGCCCUACAUCAGGCCUUGGGACUGCUGCCAUCGUAGGUAUUCUCAUUGUUAUCUUUGUGCUGCUCCUGGUGGCUGUGGAUGUCACCUGCUACUUCCUGAACAAGUGUGGCCUGCUGAUGUGCAUUGCUGUCAACUUAUGCGGCAAGUCCGGCCCAGGAGCCAAGGGCAAAGACAUGGAGGAGGGCAAAGCCGCCUUCUCGAAAGAUGAGUCCAAGGAGCCUAUUGUGGAGGUGCGGACUGAAGAGGAGCGGACCCCCAACCACGAUGGGGGAAAACACACAGAGCCCAAUGAGACCACCCCACUGACGGAGCCAGAGCACCCCGCUGAUACCGCAGCUACUGUUGAGGACAUGCUGCCUUCUGUAACUACGGGCACCACUAACUCUGACACUAUCACUGAAACCUUUGCCACUGCUCAGAACAGUCCCACCAGCGAGACCACUACGCUGACCUCCAGUAUUGCCCUGCCAGCCACGGCCAUUCCUGACUCAAACUCCAUGUUGCCUGGCCAGGCUACUCCAGCCAAAGGGGCAGCCACCUCAGUCUCUUCACCACCACCCUCCUCCACCCCCAAAGUGGCCCCCCUUGUUGAUCUCAGCGAUACCCCAAGCUCUACUCCAGCUACUAAUAAUUCGUCUUCAAGUGUCCUGUCCAACCAAGGUGCAGUGCUCAGCCCCAGCGCUGUUGCUAACGUGGCCGAGACCUCCAAAGUGGCAGCUGGUAACCAGCCAGCUGCCUCAAGCCCUGCAAACCUCACUAGCCCUCCAGCUCCAUCAGAGCCCAAGCAGGAGGUCUCAAGCACCAAGAGCCCUGAAAAGGAAGCUGUGCAGCCCAGUACAGUGAAGAACCCAACAGAGACAACCAAGAACGCAAGCAAUCUGAAGAGCGAGGCUGCUUCAGGCAGCACCACAAACCCCUCACAGAAUGAGGACUUUAAAAUGGACGAAGGGACCUUCAAGACACCAGACAUUGAUCUUGCAAAGGAUGUUUUUGCAGCUCUUGGCACUACUACUCCUGCCAGUGUGACUAGUGGGCAAGCUCGUGAGCUUGCUUCUUCCACUGCAGACAGCUCUGUACCCGCUGCACCUGCAAAGACCGAGAAAAUCCCAGUAGAAGACAAAUCUGAAGUGCAAGCAACGGAAACUAAGACACCUCCAGCAGAAGUCAAGACGGUCCCCAAUGAAGCCACACAAACAAAUGAAAAUGAGAGCAAAGCAUGA